CAGCCUCAGAUACGUUGAGGGAUGAAGUUGUGUAAGUUUGUUGUAACGCUCCUGCAGCAGAGUGUGUAAUGACAGGGCCAGUGUGUGUCUGUUUGUGUGUCUGUGUGCUCUGACUUGUCGGGCUGUGACUCUGGAUGCCUUCAGCAUGACUCCGUCACAGCUCCUGAUAAGAAACAAACGUAUGAGCUGAGGUGUCCACAUUCCUGUGAAGCUCCUCUGCAGGAGGACGUGUCCCCGCUUCGACUCAGAGACAAACUCUACGUCUCUUCAGUCACAACACAAUCCAUCUCACCAAGAACAUCACCAAACUCUCAAUUUGACAUGAGACCAGAGGAUAUGUUCUGCUCUUCUCUGUAGCUUCACACAGUUCCUGGUCUUCAGCUCCUUCUCAUGGAGCUGGUCAGUGGCUGUGUUGUCUUCACGGUGCAUUGACGCACUGAGACGGACAUCAGGAGACACACGGGGACAAAGGCCAGGAUAGCGUUCCUCCAGGGAGAGAGGAAGGGUCAGGAGAACCUGAAGAACGACCUGGUUAGAAGAAUCAAAAUGUUAGAAUAUGCCCUCAAGCAAGAAAGAGCAAAAUAUCACAAGUUAAAAUACGGAACCGAGUUAAACCAAGGGGACAUGAAGAUGCCCAGCUUUGAAUCCGACACCAAAGACUCGGAGGUCUCUGCUGUUCCUGCCAACAGUCAGCUGACCUGGAAACAAGGCCGACAGCUCCUCAGACAGUACCUGCAGGAAGUCGGGUACACAGACACCAUCCUGGACGUCCGCACUCAGAGGGUUCGCUCUCUGCUCGGCCUGUCGGGCUCCGAGCAGAACGGGUCCGUGGAGAACAAGAACCUGCAGCACCUGAUCAACGGGACGGAGCGCCGCAGGGACAGCAAGAGGAGUCCAGGUGAUGUUCUGGAGACGUUUAACUUCCUGGAGAACGCAGAGGACAGCGACGAGGACGAGGACGAGGAGGGAGACCUGAUGGACGACAUCAGUCCAGACAAACACCAUCGAGCCAAGAAACACAAGACCAAGGUGGGGAACGAGGGCCUGGCGUCGGAGGAGGACGCCGACACGGAGGAGGCGCUGAAGGAGUUUGACUUCCUGGUGACAGCAGAGGACGGAGAGGGAGCAGGAGAAGCUCGGAGCUCUGGAGACGGAACAGAGUGGUCGGAGCCUCUACCGUUUCCUACUGGGGGGGGGAAGUCCUUCCUGCUGGGGGGGGCGGACGACGUGAUGGAGAGCGUGCUGGGUCUCGGUGACCUCGCUGACCUCACCGUCACCAACGACGAGACGGACUACAGCUACGACCUGCCAACCAAUAAGGACUCUUCGUUCAGGAAGACCUGGAACCCCAAGUACACGCUGCGGAGCCACUUCGAUGGCGUCCGGGCUCUGGCCUUCCACCCGGUGGAGCCCUGCCUGGUCACCGUGUCCGAGGACCACACCCUGAAGCUGUGGAACCUCACCAAGACCGUCCCCGCCAAAAAAAGUGCCUCGUUCGAUGUGGAGCCCGUCUACACAUUCAGAGCCCACGUUGGUCCAGUGCUGUCGCUGGCGAUGACCUCCAGUGGUGAGCAGUGUUUCAGUGGAGGCAUCGACUCCACCAUCCAGUGGUGGAACAUCCCCAGCUCCAAUGUUGACCCCUACGACACCUACGAUCCCAGCGUCCUUGCUGGGUCGUGGGUGGGGCACACAGAUGCUGUGUGGGGAUUGGCUUACAGCGGAAUCAAGAACCGCCUCCUGUCCUGCUCGGCAGACGGAACGGUGAAGCUGUGGAACCCGACGGAGAAGAACCCCUGCAUCUGCACUUUCAACACGAACCAGGAACACGGGAUCCCCACAUCAGUGGACUUUAACGGCUGUGACCCCGCCCACAUGGUGGCGUCCUUCAACAGUGGAGACGUGGUGGUGUACGACCUGGAGACCUCCCAGCAAGCACUGGUGCUGAAGGGUCAGGGGGACAGCUCCGUCCCGGGUUCGAAUCAUAUCAACAAGGUGGUGAGUCACCCCACGCUGCCGGCCACCAUCACCGCCCACGAGGACCGACAAAUCAAGUUCUACGACAACAAGUCAGGUAAAGUGAUCCACGCCAUGGUGGCCCACCUGGACGCAGUGACCAGUCUGGCGGUGGAUCCUAACGGGAUCUACCUGAUGUCUGGCAGUCACGACUGCUCCCUGCGUCUCUGGAACCUCGACAGUAAAACGUGUGUUCAGGAGAUCACAGCUCACCGGAAGAAGAGCGAGGAGGCCAUCUACGACGUGGCCUUCCAUCCCUCCAAGGCCUUCAUCGCCUCCGCCGGAGCCGACGCCCUCGCCAGGGUCUACGUGUAGACGAGGAGGAGAGGGAGCGGACACACCUGGGGCGAGAGACUCAGACUGACAGAGAGAGAGAGAGAGACAGGCUGGUCUGUUCACACACUAAAAGGAUUCAGGUCUGUUCAGGUCUCUGAACACAGAAUAUAUAUUAAAGACUGGAGGUGACGAGCAUCUGGACACACACACACAGACACACACAGACACACACAGACCCACACACACACUCAGAGGCUGAGUGCUGCGACCGACUGAAGAGACGUUUGAACCUGCAGGUCGACACACAGCAGCUCGUCUGUCCCGUGAUGUCCUCUGCCCCCCCCCCCCCCCGUGUGCUGGGUCCCACACGUAGCUCUGAUGACACUACAUGGAGCCCCCCCCACCCCCCCACCCUGAGCAGACGUCAAAGGAGUGAAAGGAAAAAUCCCUCAGAUCUCGUUUCUGUGUCUGUGGUUCUGUCUGUUGUUGGUCUUGUUGUUGAAAGGAUCCACCGGACUCCCAGUUAACUCCCAGUUAACGACCAGUGAGUCGGCUUCUUUCCUGAAGAGGGACUCCCCCACAGCUUUGGAACCUUUGAUGGGUCAGGGAUGGAGAUGUGAUGAUUGACAGCAGCUCUGAACUGAACCUGGUGUCGCUCUCACCUGCUGCUAAAGGGACUCACGGGGGGGGGGGGGGGGGGGUAGUACCCCGUGACAUCACUGUGAACAGAUUCACAAAGUCACCAAACAUCAUCCAGGAGGAAAACGUCAGGAGAAGUCGUGGGAGAUGUUUCUCUUUGUGGACGCAGCCCAGGUUUGAAGCUGCUUCACCUUCACACCUCGAACCUGAAGGAGCGACCUGAGGAACGUCUGAGGAACGUCUGAGGAACACCUGAGGAACAUCUGAGGAACAUCUGAGGAACGUCUGAGGAACGUCUGAGGAGCUGCUCUGGAUUCAACACGGGAGCAGAUCAUCGGAUUCUAACCCGUCGUGGUUUCUCUUUAUUUACGUUUUUUAACAAUGAAAUCUGAACCAAAGCUUAGAUUUUAUCCUGCAGAACUUUUUACAGUGUUUUUAAAGAUUCUAAAUUGAGAUGAAAAACAUCAUCUGUGGAUUUAGUUCAGAAACUUAACGACGAGUCAGACGUCCGUUUGUCUCCCCGACGAGGUGUCAGAUGAUUGGUCGAUUCUUUCCCACCUCAGCCCUCCUGGGCCAAUCAGAGCCCUGCGUUUAAACUCCACCCAUGUGAGAGCGAAGCAUUCAGUGGUUGAGUGUUAUUGUUUUUGUUUGUGUAAAAUAAAUCUAGUUUUUAUAAUCCCUUUUUUAUCAGCGUCUCGUUAACGGCACAGAGGAGGUUCCUCUCUCCCGUCCAGUAAGAAGCCCCGCCCACCCCCCCCCCCCCCUCCCCCCUAGAGACACACUCACAUGUUGGUUAAGGUGAGACACUACAGGCACAAACUAAUUUCAUGCACUUCUCAUUUUAGCUUUUGCUUCUUUUUUAAUAUCAGACCAGUUGAAAGAAAACAUCUAGAAAAGGCUUUUUAGGUUUUUAUUUAAAUAAAUCACAAAUCUCCACUUCAGCUUCGCUUCACCAGACAAACCAGUUUGAUCCUGUUAAUGGUCCCAAGGUUUGAUUCAUAGAUUUUAUUAAUAAACAUGGCGCACGUUGUUUGAUCUCUGAAGUCAUUAAAAUGGAUCCUUCUGUAAAAACAUGUUGACAAAACCAGUUGAGGAGUUUCAACCAGUUUAAAUAACAAGGCCUCAUUAGCAUAUUUACACCGAGUUCACAAACUGUCGAAUCCAAAGAAUUCUGUUCCUGUCAGAGACGAACUGGGGACGUUUCAUGAAGAUAUAAUAUUUAACUGUUCACACCGGUUUGAUAUGAAGAGACACAACGAGCCCCCCCCCCCCUCUCAGUUUGUUAAACUCAAGUUAAAAGUCAAACUUCGUGGUGUCAUGUGAUCCCGUAGUAACACAACUGGUUGAGCACCGCUGCCUCCUGCUGGUCAACAACCGAAUCGUACUUACUGUACCUGAGCAGCCAGUGGCAGAGUGGACGAUCCACUUCCUGUUUACGUCCCCGGUGUCUUCAGUGUGGACGGAGGACGACUCGGGUCCGGAGCUAGAACCCUCGUGUGAGAGACGUGUGAGAGACGAAGACGUGAGGACUGAAGCUCCUCUUCCUCAGCGGCUCCCAGAGGCCGGACUCGUCCACCGGGUCCCAACUGGUUUUAAAUAACUUGAUUUAUUUAAUAUAAAGAAAAGCUGAUGAAAUCAUGAGGAGGUGUUUGGACGUGUUGAAACCUCUCAGCUCGUUUAGGAAACAGUUAAUAAUCCGGGGAAUAUUUGGCUUUACAGAGAACCUGAACGCACCACGUCACUGCUGUGCAUCGUCUUCAGGCGCUGCCUUCAGGGACAAUCUGCAGCUCUCCUGCUCCUCUUCUUCCUCCUGCUCCUCUUCUCUCUCCUGCCCUUCCUCCUCCUCCUCUUCUCUCUCCUGCCCUUCCUCCUGCUCCUCUUCCGCCUUCUCUUCCUCCUCCUGCUCCUCUUCUUCCUCCUGCUUCUCCUCUUUUCUCUCCUGCUCUCUCUCCUGCUCCUCAUCAUCUUCCUCCCCCAGCUGUUCCUGCUCUUCCUUCUCUUCCUCCUGCUCCUCUUCUCUCUCUCCUGCUCCUCAUCUUCCUCCCCCAGCUGUUCCUGCUCUUCCUUCUCUUCCUCCUGCUCCUCUUCCCUCUCCUCCUCUCCUUCUCUCUUCACCGGAGUUCUUUACUGGUCAGUUUUAGUUUCUGGUUUGUUUUCAUUUCAUUUUUCUAACGGAAGGUUUUUGUAACUCGAUCACAACUCUUUUUGUUUUAGUUUGAUCUUCAACCAGAUGUGUAACUAAAGACUUUUUGUUUGUGUAAUGCAUGAUUAAUACAAUAAAAGUAUUUUUUCUAAUCUUCCAAAAAAUGGAUAAAAACAGUUCUGAUCAGUUUGCGAGUUUUGAUGAGUUUUGUAAUUUUUUUUUUUUUUGAUUUACAAACUAUGAAACAACAGAUUUUAAAGAUUGUACCACAAAGCAGAAUACAACUGUUGAAAUGUAUAUAAAAUGUCUAUAAUAACUAUUAAAUGGUGUAACUGUA